GUGUGCGUGCGUUGUUCACCAGGCUCACGUGAGCGCAGGCGUGUACGUGUUGUGUUUGCCGUGUGUGUGUAACUGUAGGGAUUAGGUCUCGGUGUUGGUGUCUUCUUGAAGUUGCAGGCCGGAUGUAAACACAGAUAUGUGCCUGCGGUUUCCUGUGGCCUUCAGAUGGGGAGACACGAAUCACAGAUCACACGCAGACAUGGGCCCAACACGCAGACAUGCGGGUUUACACUGACACUUCUGCACAGGAAGUUGGAGUGUUUUUUAGCCUUUGAUGUCAUCAGAUCUAAAGCUAGACAAUGAAGUGUGUUGUGUUAAAUGUAAAUGGAUCAAUGUUAUUGUUGACUAAUGACUUAUAAUCAUUUUGUUCGUGCAGCUCAACUGUUGAAGGUUUGAUUCCCAAGGAACACAUUUACUGCCUUAAAAAUUUGUUGUUGAAUGCACUAUAGUAAAAAUGAACAAAAUUGACAUUGAGUUCAGGAAAAUGUUGAGUGAUGUUGGUUUAUGGAGCAGGGGUUCUCAACCUUUUUGACUCCAAGGCCCCCAUUGUAUUCAACAAUAUUCAAAGGCCCCCCUUCCACUCACAAAACCUCAAAAUGUCUACGCAAUAACUGGAAAAACGUUGAUUAACUAUAAAAAUGUUUUAAUGUAUUUCAAUGCUAAUUGUGUCUAUUUUUAAAAUAAUGGUCACCUUGAGGCCCCAUUGGAAGUCAGCUGGGGCCCCCCUGUGGGCCCCGGCCCCCCUGUUGAGAACCACUGUACUAGAGAAAUCUGAAAGGUUGCUAGGGCCUUUUUUGUAGUUGCUAGGGUGUUUACGGUGGUUGCGGAGUUAGUGAUAAUUCACCCAAAAAGAAAAAUUCGGUCAUCAUUACCUCUUGACUUUCUUUCUUCCGCAGAACACAAAAGAAGAUAUUUUGAAAAAUGUUGUUAACUGGACCCCAUUCACUCGCAUUGUUCUUUUUUGUGUCCAUACAAUAGAAGUGAAUGGGGUCCAGUGCUGUUCGGUUGUCGGCUUUCUUCAAAAUAUCUUCUUUUGUGUUCUGCGGAAGAAAGAUGGUCAUAGUGAGUAAAUGAUGACAGAUUUUUCGUCACUUUAGGUCAAGUCUGAUAUUCUGGCUUCUUCAAUGCAAAGAUAUUCAUACCCCUGUUUUUCUUAAUUUAACAGAUGCAUUCUAGAGAAGUGGUGGGUAAUGUGAAUGUCUUAAAAAACGUUUCAAACCUGCAUCGCCCAUAUGAGCACAGUGCAUUUCUCCACUUUUUGGGAAUCUUGACAUCAUCUCAAAGGCUCAAUCUUUAUUACAUUAGACAAAUAAUAUUCAGAGCACCUGUCUUGAGCAGAUUAACAGGGUGGACUUUGGCCUUUCUUCAGUCCAGCUGCAGGGAGUCACCUACAGGCCUGUUUACACACCUGCUGCGGGUGGUUGGAGGCGGCGGGCCAGCGUUCCUCUUGUUCCCCGUGCAUUGUGUCCGAGUUUGUUCAAAACAGCUCUAUUGAGACCGAAACAUACGGUGUUGCGGCUCUUGGCCGAGUUUCGCUGGCAGACGAGGCACAUGUGAAGGCCAAGGAAGGUUCGAGAGCGUCCCGAAUGAGCAUUAUUCUUACACGCUCUGAAAAUAAACAAGGCAGUUGUGGAGUAGUUAAACAGUGAGUGCCUCUAACCCCCCACCCACCCCAGAGCCAUGCAUAGCAAGAACCAGAGGAGACACGGCUCGCCCAGUAGCUCCAGAGCCCCUCUGGUUCCUGUCAAGGCCAAGAUGUCGGUGGGUCACAGUGAAGUGGAGGCGCUGCCCUUCCGGGUCCCUCAUGACUAUCCUCACUCUCGCUUUAACAAGGCACCGCUGGCCGUGUAUCCUCCCAAGGGAGCGCGAGCCAAAGCCUGUGUGUCCUUACCUGUGGUGAGUCUGGAAAAGAUGCCGUGCCUCAACAUCGGAUCGGAGGGCGCGCACAUCAAGGUCAACUCCGUGUCUCCCACCCCGGGUUCUUCUCUCGCCUCCUCUUCGUCCUGUUCUUCGUCUUCCUCGCCUUCUUCAGCUUCUCUCAAGUCCUGCUUGGCAUCACCAGCGUCUCACAAGAUCCAGGAAAAGCUUCUGAACGGUCGCGGUCCCGUGACUCCUCGCUCGACGACGCCUCCCUCGCUGAACGACAAGCGGCCUAGCCCCUCGCGCUCACCGAUGGAGAAGCGACCCGCCGCCUCUCCGUCCUCGCAGGAGAGGAGACCUCCGACCUCCACGUCUCCGUCCGUAUCAGACAGGAGACUGUUAGCCCCUCCCUCUCCCCCAGACAGGAAACAUCAGAAUGGAGCCAAGGGUGCGAGGCACAGGAGAGUGUCAGGGAGAAUCUUUGAUCCUAAUAAACACUGUGGAGUUGUGGACCCAGAGACAAAGCGGCCGUGCACUCGAUCAUUAACCUGUAAGACUCACUCUCUGACCCAUCGGCGAGCGGUCCAGGGCCGGAAGAAAGACUUUGACAUUCUUCUAGCCGAGCACAAGGGGCGAGCGAAAGAGAAAGAUGUGGUACAAAAAAAGGACGUUCAGGCGAGCAGCCAAUCAGUGCAGGUGACACAAUCACAUGACACGGCACCCAGCCUAUCCGCAAGCUGUCCUAAUGGAAAGACCACGCCCACUCUCAAACUGAAGCUGGCCAGUGCUCACAUACACAGAGUGUCUGGUAGUGGAGGUGCUGUGGCACUUAGCUCCGCCCCUGCGCCUCCUCCUGAAGCUCCGCCCAGCUGGCAGAAGAGCGACACCCGACUAUCCAGCGACGAGGGAGAGGCCGACCCACCUGAGGAGUCUGAGAAACCUCUGUGCCAUUAUUCACCGCACCACCCGAGACCCAUGAGCUGUUGUGCGUUCAGCAGUCGUCUGAUGGGGAGGGGUCACUAUGUGUUCGACCGCCGGUGGGAUCGGGUGAGACUCGCGCUUCACUGCAUGGUGGAGAAACACGUCAACUCUCUCAUGUGGAGGAAAGUCCCCCUAAUGGUGGAGAGCCUGACAAACGCCUCCCCCUGCCCCACCGAAGCGUCUCCGCUCAACUCCUCGUUCCUCCCCAAUCACACGCUCACGACCUCCGUGGACGGCGUUUCCAUGGUCUCCUACUCCACCACUUACUCGCAGAACGGUGCUGGGGUGUUCUGUAUCAGGGACCCGGAGCCCGGCCCCAAACCACAGCGGACUAAACCGGCCAAACCGUUAAAAGUCUCGGGGGAGCCCAAAAGACGCAGGCCACCUCCUAACUCAGAAUCAGGGGCUGACCGGAAGAGCGGCAUCAGCUAUGAUCUGCAGCUGGACACGGCACACAUCAGUAAUGGGGCGGCGGAACUCGGUGUCCGGGCCAAACCACGACCCGGAGCGCAGGGGUCGAGGGAGGACAGGUACGGCGGUGCCGAGUUCUCGCACGGAAACGUCUCGUCUCAAGGUUCUCUGUCGUACAGCUCUUCCGAUGAUAGGAAACGGAAAGGGCCUGGAUCCAGCGCCGGCUCCGACAAACCCAGCAAAACCUCUAAAUCGGCGGCUUUGGACGCCCUCUUUAGGAAGAGCCACAGUGGUCUGUUGUCGUCGGUCGCUGACCUGCCUCACAGCGCCCCCUCCAGACAGCCCAAGGUACCUCACUGAUACUGUGAGACUGGAAAUCAUGAGGUUCUUGAGGUCUGUAGAUCAGCGAUGUGUCUGUCCCGCCUUUAUCCCCACGGCUGCCUCUCUUCACUCCAUGCUUCAGUUUUAUUUCCUAACACGCUUCAAUUCAGAACCGAACCGCUCGGCUGUGAGCGUUACAAGAACGAUUCUCUCAAGAUAGACCCGUCGUUUCCUUCGAAAGAAAUAACAGACUUCAGUUUCACACAAAUUCAGAUUUAGUUUUUUUCGUAACCAACACAUAACAAAUGUUUUAGACAUUUAGCGAUACGCGGACAGUGUUGAAUCUUCUUUUCAUUUGAAUGGGGAAUCUGGAUGGAAGAGAACUCUAUGAACUCGACCAAGUGCACUUAAUUCAUGAACCACACAACGGGAGAAACACUUUCAACUAAGGGAAUAUUUUACAAACGCUUUUUGGCAAGUUGUAUUUUUCUAAAUUGGACGAAUUCAGGUUUUUGGAUGUUUCGUUUUCUUGCUGAUUGCGAAAGGACUCGCGCCCCAGCUGUAAAGAAACUUAACCCGUCAUGAAUUUUUGUAUUAUAAUUUAUGGUUGCUUUAUUAAUUUUCUAACUGACCUGAUUAGUGCUUCUUAUGUUGAGCAGAAGUACAUUUGUAUUGCCAUUUUAAAACGUUUAAAGUAUUAUAGAGACCCUAUUGUUGGAAAUGUGUGUACAUAUCUUUUAUUAUAAUUGUGUUUUUUUAUUUAUUGUUAGUAACUCUCAGAGGAUUUUGCAGUUUCUUUAGUCAUACACAUCCUUAUCAGCCUGGAGAUGUUUUCUUUCUAGACAUUCUAGUGUUUGUCCCAUUUAUACUUUUCAUUUUUUGUAAUGAUGUUCCCGCAGCUUUAAAGGGAUAAUUCACCCAAAACUAUAAUGUCUGUUGUUAUUUAUUCAGCCUUUAAUUCUGCACAACUUGCUUUAUUUUUCAGAACGCAUAAGGAGAUAUUUUGAGUUUGGUUACCAACAUUCUUCAGAAUAUCUUCUUUUGUGUUCUGCAGGAGAAAGAAGCUCAUACAGGUUUGAAAUGACACGAGGAUGAAUAAAUGAUGAAACAAUUUAUUUGGAGGUGAACUGUCCCUUUAAAGUGCAGUUUAGAUGAGCGAUCAAGUUGAGCCAGUUUUGGCAUUCAGCACAGUUUUGUAGAAAGUUGCCAAUUUUGUCUUCUAAAGAUGUCAUUUUACCUCUCAGCGUUUCAAAGACUGAAAUAAAGACCUUCUCGGAUGAAAUUACAUUAAAAAGAAGAGAAAAAAAUGUCACACUUUACCUUUAAAUAGUUUCUUUGCUUUCUUGAAGUUUAAGACUUGACACUAGAUAUACUGAAACUAGCAGUUUCAGUUUUCCAUUCGAUCCUGAAGUCAUUUACAGUAUAAAAUACUGUUUAAUCUAUGAGGAGGUCUUCAUUUUCAUCUCGAGCGAUAAUCUUAAUAUUUAAAGAGGUUGAACUCUUGUCAUUAUUUCAGGAUUCAAAGAUUCUUUUAUUAAAGAAAGUCAUGUAUAUAUGAAUCUGCGAUGAGAAAUAUUCACACAUAGUGACGCUCAGCGUUUGUUUGCUCCCACAGCUUUUUACCCCUAAAGACAUGUCGGAUUUUACCAUGUUGCCUUGCUACCAAUGUGAAACCGUUCUUAGGUCAGAGCUGAAAACCUUCCCCGGUUCCUUCCACAUCACCGCUCGAGAGUCAAGUGCUUCCAUGUGGAGUUAAAGCGCUGUAAUGUUUCAUGUGUGCGUUGCUCAAGGUCCACGCAGAAAGAAAGUGCCUGAUGAGGACCGCUUGGAUGUUUCGCCCUUUCCCGCUGCAUGUCAAUCAUUAAAAACAUACGUGAUCUUUUAUUCAAUAGAGUUAUUGAUAGAAUAAUAUCUUUUUUCAGAAUCGAGUCCAACCAAAAUGUUCACCAUCUAAGAAAUGCGGAUUGUAAUAUGGUCAUAAUUUGAUCAUGAUCUCACCUUGAGGCAUCCUUUAGCAUUUAAGAAUGUGCUUUCUGUUAUACAUUUUUAUUUUAUAUGUAUCUUAAUUUAUUUUGGUGAGAUGGCAUCUGUUGUUUAAUUAUUUCUAACUGUUUCUGAUAUUCACCUUGUCUUGUUUUAUUUUGUAUUGUUCCACUUUGUUUUGUUCACUAAGCAAAUGUUAUAAGGAGUUGAAAUACCAUAAGUUACUUGCCUAAAGCUAGAGGACAUUCAGUACUUUGAGCAGUUUAUUACAUAUAAUGAUGUAUGUAAGUACAUGUGUGUGCAUACAGUUUCUCAACCAUUAGUGAAUGUCAGAUGUUAAAGAGUUUGUCAUAAGCAGAUGUGUAAGAGACUGUGUCCCCUUACAUCCAAGCUCCUCUUUUAUCCGACCCAGCCAUAUAAUUUGUAAUUAUUAAGGCCUUCUUUUUUAUACCUGAACGAUUCUUAAAAAGUGUCACUUAAUCUAAGUCAAAAGGUGUUACUAGACGAUGAUCUCAUUCCUAAAAGCAGGAUCCGUGUCCUUUAUACAGCCUGUGUCCCGUUGGCCUGUGCGUUCUCAAUGAUAUAGAUGUGUAUUUUCAGGUUUGAUGAUAUUUUGCAUUUCAGCUGUUACAGAAAUACAUUUUUCUUACCUGC